AUGGCCGCAGUGUGCGUGAAGAAUGCAGAUCUGGCUGGAUUGCAGAGAACGACCAAUGCAGGUUUUGACUGGAGAAGUUACGCCGCAAGAGAGCUGCUACAAACCGCUAUUGAUACAGGGUUGACGGAAGUGAGAGACAAACAGCGAAGCUAUCUCAACAUGGUCAAGUGGAUGGUGAAGCAGGGCGCAGAUCCUUUUAAGAAGGACUCCUCCGGGAGGUCGGCUGUGGAUAUAGUAUCUUCGAGGAUGGAGCCACGGUUGGUUGAAGUUCAAGCCACUUUCCUUAAGCAGAUGCUGCGGGUCUUGGCAGGUCCUGGCUCCACACCACGAAAGCGGGAAACGGUUGAACUUGAUCGGACCGUCCUUCAGCGCUGGAAGGGCAUCCGAAACAAAGCCGAUAGCCACAAUGUCGCAUUUCAGACUGCAGAGGGUCCGGUGACGGCACAUGAUGUUGUGCUGGCAGUGGCCUCUCCCGUCUUGGCAGCCAUGCUUGAGUCUACCAUGGCAGAGGGCACCAGCAAAUGUAUCCAAGUCGAGGAUUCAUCAGCUGCUGCCGUGGGGCUGUUCUUGGACAUGGUGUACAUGAGUGCCACGGACAGUGAGCUGGAGUACAAGACUGUGCUUGGUGCCCUAGACCUUUCGCACCGAUGGCAGGUGCCCAGUAUCGUCCGCAUUUUCGAGAACAUAUUGGAAGACGCCCUGUCAAAUUCUAACUUUCAGGAGAUUGCGGAGGCGGCUGCUUUGAAGGAUUUGGUCAGCUUGAAACAGGCGUGUGUCGAGUUUGCACAGUUCAACAGUAGCAUCAAUGAUCUGGUUCAGCAGCGCAGGCUGCACCCAGCCGUGAUGAAGCUUCUGGGUGCACCGGAACUGGAUGAUUCACCGGCAAAGAAGCUGCGGACGUUCUGA